AAAAAAAAAAUUUAACUUAAAAUAAUUUUGGAUUACAAUUUUAUAGAAAUUUAGUAAUUAAUUUAUUUAUAUAAAAAGUUAUUUUAUAUGUAAAUAGAAGAAAUAAUAAAAAUAAAACAAAAAAAAAUAUAAAAUGGCACCAAACGCUACAACUGCAACUCAACCUCCAUCAGAGGCUGAAAAUAAAACUAAAAGAAAUAUCGAAACGACAGGAGUAUUAAUGGAACAAGAUGCUGAAACAAUCGAUGGUGGAUUAGUUAAGGAUAUUAAAGUACACAAAUAUGCUGAAAAGAGAAAACUACACUUGGUUUGGCGUAAUAUAAUCGCAUUUACAUAUUUACAUCUCGCCGCUUUAUAUGGUGCAUGGUUGGCAUUAACUUCAGCAAUGUGGUACACGGUAUUGUUUGCUUCCUUUUUACAUCUUGUAGCUGGAUUAGGUAUAACGGCUGGUGCACAUCGUUUAUGGGCUCAUAGAUCUUAUAAAGCAAAAUGGCCAUUAAGAUUAAUAUUAAUGAUAUUUAAUACAAUUGCAUUUCAAGAUGCAGCUAUUCAUUGGGCUCGAGAUCAUAGAGUACAUCAUAAGUAUUCUGAGACAGAUGCAGAUCCUCAUAAUGCAACAAGGGGCUUCUUCUUUUCGCAUGUUGGUUGGCUCUUAUGUAAAAAACAUCCGGAAGUUAAGGAAAAAGGAAAAGGAUUAGAUUUAUCCGAUUUAUAUAACGAUCCCAUUUUGAUGUUCCAAAAGAAACAUUACAUGAUUUUAAUGCCGAUCGGUUGUUUCAUUUUACCUACAUUUAUUCCUUGUUACUUUUGGGGAGAAACAUUUGCAAAUUCAUGGUUUGUUGCAACAAUGUUUAGAUAUACAUUUACUUUAAAUGUAACUUGGCUAGUCAAUAGUGCUGCUCAUAAAUUCGGUGGCAAACCAUAUGACAAAGAUAUUAAUCCAUCAGAAAAUUCACAUGUUGCAGCUCUUGCAUUCGGUGAGGGAUGGCACAAUUAUCAUCAUGUAUUUCCUUGGGAUUAUAAAACUGCUGAAUUAGGAAAUUAUCGUCUAAAUAUUACAACAGCAUUUAUUGAUUUCUUUGCAAAAAUUGGUUGGGCUUAUGAUUUAAAAACAGUAUCAACUGAUAUUAUUAAAAAACGUGUAGAUCGUACAGGUGACGGUACACAUCAUUUAUGGGGCUGGGGUGAUAGAGAUCAAUCAAUAGAGGAAGUAAAUAAUGCUAUAAUUAUAAAUAAAAAAGAUAUGUAAUUAAUUUUUACUGUAAAGCAAAACUAUUUUAAUUAAAUUGAAAAAACAAAUCAGAUAUGUAUAAAUCAUAAUGUAUUUUUUCAUUAUAGACUUUAAAAGCUAAGUGCUUUUUAAUAGAUGGAUUAAAAUUAUUAAUAGAGUUAAGAUUUUUUUCUAAUUUUCUAUAUAACGUCAGCCAAACAAAACAUUAACAACCUUAAACAAAAUAAAAAAAUGAUAGAAACAACUGCAUUACUAUUUAUAUUAUAAAAUUAUAUUAUAAAAUGUUGAAAGAAUGUUAUAUAGAGACGAUAAAAAUAUUAAAAAACAUAAAAAAAACACGUACACAAUAUGGUUAAAAAUUUAAUUAAAAAAACUCAAUCAAUUUUAAUUAAAGUAUUUGGUAUAAUUUUUCUACCAAAACUUUGAUUUAUAGAAAAACAAUAUUUUUUUUAGAUUCAACAAUUUCGGUGAGAUUGCUUAAAAAGAAAAAAGCAGAAAUUUUAUUAAAAUAUCAAUUUUGAUGUAUAUAUUUAUAACUAUAAUACUUUAUACACAUAAAGUUAUAAUAAUAACAAUAAUUUUUAAAUUACCUAAUAAAAAAACAUCACGAAAUUUUAGCAGUAGUUAUAGUAAGUAGCCUUACUAUUUCUAAAUGAAUUAUUCAUUUCGGAAUUCUCAUUUAAAGAAACAGUUUAUUUUAACGCUUUAUGAAUUUAAAGUGAUUUAAGUUUUAAUUUCUUAACUCAUAUUUUGUUUCAAUUAAUGAAAAUUAUGUUAUCAUUUAAUACAUAUAUUUAAAUUUUGAUAUUAAAGUGAAAUCACUUCUAAAAACAAGGAAAUUAAAUGUUUACAUUGAAAAAUAAUAAUGUUAUCUUUUAUUUGAAAAAUUCUUGGUAAAUUUAUUAUUUUUUAAAAAUUAUCUAUACGUACAUGUAUCACAUUUAACAUUACAAUAUCUUUUUUUUUUUAUUUCAUUUCUUGAUCAUUUCAUUGAAUUUUAUUUAUUAUAUUUAGCUUAGUAAUAAAUAGACAUUAAAAAUUAAAAAAAUUUUAAUUUUGUAAUUGAAAAUUGCAGAAAAAAUGUUGCAAUAAUAAAAAUUAAACAUACUUUAUAGUAUUGUUUAAAAAUAUAAAUUGUAAAUUAUUAUAUUUUUACAAAAUUGCUGAAAAUGGGUAGAAAUUUAUUAAAAUUAACAAUAAGAAGAAAAUUAUAUUCAUGUUAAAAUAAUUAAUUUGAAAAUGGGUUUCGUUUUAUUGAAAAAAAAAAAUCAUAGAUGUAAAAGAAAAACACAAAAUUACUCAAUAUUAAUUUUAGAAUAAACUAUAAAAAAAAAUAAACAAUUAUUUUAAAUUGAAAAUAUUAUUUAAUUAUAAUAUUAUGUAUGCUAACUAUUUUUUAAAUAGAAAACGCAACUCUACUUGGAUCGGGUUUUAAAUAUUUUCAAUGCAAAUCAAAUAACUUUAAGUGUGGUUUAUGCCAUACAUACAUAAGUCGAACAAUACGGGAAAAUUGGUUUUUUUUUUUUCAUUUUGCGAAAUAAAGUUUUUUUUUAUUUAUACAUAUAAGAAAAAUAUAAUUUUUUAUAUUAUGUAAGGUAUAAAUCACAACUAAAUUAUAUAAAUUCAAAUUUUAAAUACAAGAUUGUUCCAAAUAAUAAAAAAUAAUAAAACUUUUUAUACCUAAUAACUUUAAAAACAGUUUUUGAACAAAAUAAAUCUCUUCUUGUUAACGUAAAUAUGUCUGAGAAAAUCAUAUCAAAUGAAAAUAUUUAAAAACUUUUUUAAAAUAGAAUUUCAUCUGUUAUUUUUAUAUAAUAAUUGUAAAUUACAUUUAUGUCGUCCAUUUUAUUUUACUAUGUAUUUUAUAUUAUAAGAAUAACAAAUAUUGAUGCAAUCGUUUUAAAAAAACGUUCUUACAUGUAAAAAAUUAGAUGUUGAAUGCAAAAGUCGCAAGCAAAAUGCAUUAUACAAAAUAUUCGCUUUGGAAUCCUACAUGUAAAAUAUACUUAAAGGUCGUCUCAAAAUCUUCUAAUGGACUUUAAAAAGGCAAAAAAUUAAAUAUUUUAUAAUUAUUACGGAAAUGUGAAUAAUUUGCAUUCAACAGCUUCUUUUUCAUAGCAAAUACCAUACAAUAUAAACUUUUUUGAUGAUUUUUUUGAAACCAGCCAAAAUGGAUAAAUGGUUUAAAUAAAAUAAAAAUUACUUAUAAAAUUGAAUCAUCAAUAUUUUAAAAAAGAAUUUAAGAAUUAAUUCAUUACACUGAAAAUUAAUAAUUUUAAAUACAAUACAUAUUUAACAAAUAUAAAGUAGUUACAUUCUUUAAUUAAUUCCAACAAAAAAAAAAUCAAAAAUAAAAUUAAAUAUAGAAAUUUAUUAUAAUUUUAAUAUACCAAUAUCAAUAGAAUGUUACCAUUAAUUAUUUUUCUAAUUAUAUUUUUGUAUGUAAAUCAAAACUAUCAUGUAACAUAUAAGUUUAUAUUGAAUGAGUUCAAGCCACAGUACCAAAAAUAUCCUGCUUAAAUUGUUAACAUUGUUCUUUAUUAUUAAAAUGAAAUACAUUCUAUAAAGUAGCACUUUGCUACUUUUUUUUAGUUUUAAAUGCCCUGUGAUGACUGUUGUCAAAAUAAACAAAGAUAUGAAAUAAAUAAUAAAAACAGUAUAAAGAA